AUGAGCAAAAAGGAUCCAAUCUUACCCGUCAUCUCAGAAAAUGCUGCUGUAACCCGACCUCCACCUAAGCAAACUGCAGAAGACGAAGAAUUAGGCCCCUCACCUCUUUGGCAAAAGGAAGACGAAGGGUGGGAGUUGACCUGGCCGAUUUGGCACAUGCUUCCACGGGACGAACGGAAAGAACUUGCCAAUAAACAUGGGUACAACACGAUUGGUGAAUUUGAAGAAUACAUGUCGCUUCAACAGGCGGUUGACAACUCUGGAGCCAAACCUCAGAAGCCAUACAACAAUGAACUCAUUUAUCCAAACGAAAAAAAAGACAAAAAGAAAGGAAAGCCUGCUGUUGAGCCGAACAAGAAGAGCGAGCCAGAGGAAGACGACGAUGAUGAAUCUUCGAUUGUCCAGGAACAAGAAUACAAUCGACAACUUUCCUCUGGAACUGAAGGAGAUCUAACGGACAUUAUCGGCGCAGGUGGCCAGAUAUUGAUACUGCAUGAUGAACUUUUGCACAGAGUCUUCAGUUAUCUUCCAGUAGACAGCUAUGGAAGCCUUGCUUUGGUCAGUCCUCACUGGAAGCAUCUCACAAGGACAGAGGCAGUCUAUAGGAGGUUAUGCGAAAGGUUAUACCUACAGCAAUCAAAACGAAAACAGCUGCACCUAUCGAAAUUUGGCGGAAAAUAUAGGACAAUGCUGGAACAGCGACCUCGCGUCCGAGCUGCAGGAGGAUGUUAUGUAUUGAAGUAUUCCCAGAUCAAGAAGAUUCAACGAGACAUGUGGACAGAGAUCCCAGUUGGUGCGAUUCUGGAAGCUGUCUACUACCGCUACUUCUACUUCCAGGAGGAUGGGCGGGUGCUGUAUGCUCUUUCCUCGACGCCUCCACAUGAAAUGUUUAAAAGGCUGCUAAGGGUUUGCCUCAAGAAAAAAGACGACCCCGCGGCUGUAUGGGGAACCUUUCAGGUUCAGAAAGAUAUCCUAACCGUUACGGCUCGACAAGAGUGGCAUACCGUCAAGUUUACGCUAACCAUUGGUAGCGACAAAAUGAGUGGAAAAUUUGGACUUUUGACAAUGGAUGAGCAUCAAUCAUCGCCUUCUGGUUGCUUUGAGUACUAUUCCAAUGACCUUGUUGACUACGACGUUCCUGAGGGUUACUUUAGGUUUGUCCGGGAUAGAAGGCUGUAA